CUUGGCCGGCCGAUGCCACGCGCGGCUCUUCGAGGGGGGGGACGGGGCGGCGGCGGUGGGCGCCGGGCCGCGGCGGCCGCAGGAUGCAGCGGUGGCCGGUGCUGCUCUUCCUGGCCUGGGUCUGCUUUCUCUUUUUUGCUGGUAUCGGCCUCUUCAUGAGCGGCUUCCUGCUCACCCGGAUCGAGCUCGCCAGCAGCAGUUCCUGCUCGGACCCACUCGUGCCACCACCCUGGGAGAGGCAGAGCCUCCCGCCAGGCUCCUGUUGGGCACCCCAGCGCUUUGCCAAGGCCGUGCUUGUCAUCAUCGAUGCUCUCAGUUUUGAGUUUGCCCACUUUAACCCAGCCAAGGCCAGCCCGCUGCCCUAUGAGAACAAGCUGAGUUUCCUGCAUCGCCUCGCAACCUCCCAACCCCGCCAUGCCCGCCUCUACCGCUUCCGAGCCGACCCCCCCACAGCCACCAUGCAGCGCAUCAAGGGCCUCACCACCGGCUCGCUGCCCACUUUCAUCGAUGUGGGCAGCAACUUCGCCACCUAUGCAAUCCAAGAGGACAACCUGCUGGCACAGCUGGUGCAGAACGGAAGGAGAGUGGUCUUCAUGGGUGAUGACACUUGGGAAGGACUCUUCCCAAAGAAGUUUUUCCGCUCGUAUUUCUUCCCUUCUUUUAAUGUGAAGGACCUUCACACUGUGGAUGAUGGGAUCCUGCAGCAUCUCUAUCCAACUGUGGACAGUGGUGAAUGGGACUUGCUGAUUGCUCACUUCCUCGGCGUGGACCACUGUGGGCACAAACAUGGACCUGACCACCCUGAAAUGGCUAAGAAGCUCACCCAGAUGAAUGAGAUGCUCAGGUCCUUGGUGGAUCACCUGGGGAAUGACACCCUCCUUCUGGUGGCUGGGGACCACGGCAUGACAGAGACCGGAGACCAUGGCGGCGACAGCGAGAAGGAAGUGAAUGCGGCACUGUUUGUGUACAGCAAAACACCCCUGUUUGGCACUAGCCCUCCGGAGGAGCCUGAGGCUGUUCCCCAGGUGAACCUGGUGCCCACUGUGGCCCUGCUGCUGGGUGUGCCCAUCCCCUACAGUAACAUCGGGGAGGUGAUGGCUGAGCUGUUCUCCGGGGAUGGCGACGCUGUGUCUACAGCCUUGCAGCAGCUCUCGGUCUAUCACAUCAAUGCCAAACAGGUGGACCGGUUCCUGCACUCCUACUCGCUGGUGGCUCAGGACCUGCCAGCAGAGCAGCUCCAGCGCCUGCAGGAGCUCUUCUCUGGCGCCAUGGAGGAGCACACUCAGCUCUUGGCCCAGGUGCAGGGGGAGAUGCUGGUGCCUCCAGAGCUGGAGUCCAGGCUUGGAAGCCUCAUCAGUCGCUUCCAGCUCUACCUGCGAGAGGCACGGGCUGUGUGCGCCCAGUCCUGGGCACGCUUCCAUCCCCUGCGUAUGGUGGGGGGCUGCAGCCUUAUUGCUGCUUCCUGCUUGCUCUGCUAUGUGGCCUCAGAGCUGGCCGCAUCAUCAGGCUCUUUCUAUCGCAGCUGCCUCCUGUACCCGCUGCUAUGGGGCCUUGUGGUGGCUGUUCUGCUUGGGCUGGCCCAUGCGUUCACCCAGGAGGGGCUGGAUCUCCUCCUGGUGUUGUCAUGGGCAGCUGCUGCUUCUCAGCUGGGUUUUUUCUGGCACUGGUGGGGCCAGUAUCCCAAGCGAGCCCGCCUGGUGGGCAGUCAGCCACCCUUGGCCACCGUUAGCCUGAGGCAGAGGCUGCGAGCGUGGCUAAGGCUGGCCUUCCCCAUGGGCAUCCUGCUCUUCCGCUGCGGAGCUAUGUUCUCUGAUAGCUUUGUGGUGGCCGAGGCCCGGGUAGCGCCAUUCCUGCUGGCCUCACUGGUGAUGUUGCUAGUAGGGAAGCUCCACUGGGAUGGUCGUCUGACUGUGCCAGAAGGCCCCAAGCAGCAGCUCCUUGGCUUUUCUUCUUAUCGGAGAGAGAUCUGGUACCUGCUGUGUCUUGUGGCCAUGCUCCUGGUCUGCGUGCGCCUCUCCGGUUUCUUCCACCAGUGCCGUGAAGAAAUCCCUCAGUGCCGGCCCUCUCUUUUCCUCUCCCCCCUUGCCAGCCUGAGAAACACACGGGCCAAGAACCUCUUCUACCUCCUGUGCGUGGCCUUGCUGGCCGGGCUGGCCUAUGCAGUGCGGAGCUGGCUGCGACACUACGGCAACCUGAACAGCUCAGACCCCCUCGUGCUCUUUGUGCGCUGGUGUUUCCCACUGGUGGUCCUCUGCAUUGCCUGUUACUGGGCUGUUGCCUCCAGCGCUGACGACUCUCUCGGCAAGCUGCAGGAGCUGGUGCAGGUGGCAGUUGUUGCCUUUCCAUGGGCUGUUUACGGACUAGCAUCCGUGGGCCUGCUGCUCCUGCUGUGCAAUCCCAUGACAGUGUUUGCAAAGGACACGCGGGAGUCGGCAGGAUCCAUCGUCACUCCCUACCUGGGGGUUCCCAGCUCUGAAGUCGACUUCCUCCACGUCAUCCCUCAGAUCUACAAGAGGAUGCAGGAGUCUCAGAAGAGCCGCCUGGAGCGGGGCAGCUGCAAGGCCACCGUUGCAGCGUAUGGGCUGGGCAGCGUGUACUCGGCAGCCCUGGUCAUAGCACUCACCCUGCUGGGCUUCCUCUUGAUGCUUCUGCACAGUGAGCGGUUGAGUCUUGCCUUCCUUCUCCUCUUCCUGGAGGCCUUUGUGCUGCUGCACAUCCACACCCGUGCCAAAGGCCUUGCUGGAGAUGCUGAGCCUUUUUCAGUGCCCUGGUACGCAGUCAUCUCCUGGCUCCUUGCUGCUUCCCAGUUCUUCUAUUCCACAGGCCACCAGCCCAUCUUCCCGGCCAUCCACUGGAAUGCAGCCUUUGUGGGCUUCCACCUUGACCACAGCACAAACCUCCUGCCUGCUGUCCUGGUGGGCGCCAACACAUUUGCCUCCCAUAUCCUCUUUGCAGUCGGCUGCCCUCUGCUCCUGCUUUGGCCCUUUGUGUGUGAGAUGCCCAGCUCGCAGAGGAAGAAGCCCAAGAAGGAGCCCCAGGAGGAGCUGCAGGAGGUGGAAGAGCACAUGAUGGAGAUGAGGCUGCGGGAGUCCCCGGAGAAGUUCUCCACUGCUCUGCUGCAGCUGGGGCUGAAGUACCUCUUUGUCCUUGGGACACAGCUUCUGGCCUGUGUUUGUGCAGCUAUGAUCCUCAGGAGGCACCUCAUGGUCUGGAAGGUCUUUGCCCCAAAGUUCCUCUUUGAGUCGCUGGGCUUCAUGGUGAGCAGCAUCUGCCUGCUGCUGGGGAUCUCCCUGGUGAUGCGUGUGGACUGUGCUGUCAGCACCUGGUUCAGCCAGCUUCAGCUCAGGUAGCAUUAGAGAUGUGGGGAACCUGACCUGCUCCUCGGCCGAGGCUGUGGUUGUCUCUUUGCCUCCCUCGGGCCGGGAGGGAUACAAUGAGCCACCAGCAACGAGUGCCUGCUGACAGCAGUCAGGGAUUAUCCCCAGCUCCUUGCCUCAGCGCUGCACAAAAGGACUGGAGCGAACUGUUCUCCGCUCAUUGUGGUGGUGUUUCUCAGCAGUGGAGGUCAGAGCUCUCUCUGGGCAUUUGUUGGCAGCAGGAGGACUCUGCUGCAGGAGCCCAAGAACCAAGAGUCCCGAAGUGCACCUCUGGAGAAACACCAACUGGGGGUCUUGCUGCUACUUUCCUGACAACUAUCCCCACUGUGCAACUGGUUAGCUUCAGUGGCCAGCAAGGUGUCACCUUGCUUGUGCAGAGACAGUGACUCACGGGGAGGAACCUACUGAGGAGGGGAGAGGAGGUUGCGAGGAGAGGGAAAGUCCUGCAGCCACCACUUCUCUUUGCGUGCUCAGUUUUCACACUGGAAUCAAAGUGCACAUGGUUACGCAUGCAGAUGGUUCCUGGGGUCUCGGUGGCAGCUGCUCCUCUGUAAAGUCAGUUGGUUGCUCUGUAGUGAGGCCCCUCCUGCCCUACACUCACUCCCAUUUUUCUGGUCUUCCUUAGCCCCACAAAGGGCAGUGGGGAGCACUCUGGGCUGCCUCGUACAGCCUGAGCAGGCUUGGCUUGUUGCAGGGAAGGCAGCAGGGAGAACACUGUCCAUGACCAAGAAACUCUCCACUUGUGCUCUCGGCCUGUCAGUAUACCUGUGGGCUGGGCUGUAGCAGCCGGGGCUCCCAAUCUCUUCCUAAGCGUGUGGUGCUGGAUGCCAGCUAUUGAUUGUGAACGGUUGAGAGGCAGCAGGAUGUAGUGACAGAACAUUGGUUCACCCCCAUGUUGGGUCUGGUCAAGAGGAAAGGGGAAUCUGGAGUAGCUGUCCCAGCUGUAGGAGUGGCCUUGGUGUGAGCUCUGGUGCCUGGGAACAGCUGCUUGAAAGCCCUAAGCGGGUGACAACUCUUCUGGGAGGUGGCUUAACUCACUGGUGUCUGUGUAUGUGCUGCGGGUUAUGUCAGCCUGAAGGGAUCCCAGGCACUGCAGCCGAUGGCAUCUAUGAUGGCGUAUUUGGUGCUUAUCUCCUUCUUGACCUUGGUGUUCUGUGUGGGACUUUAUGCUGCAAGUGAGCUACCCCAAACCCACCCUUGACUGCUCACAGUCAAGAGACAUUGUAUUUCUUUAUGGGUAGAGGAAGAGGACAGUGACCGUGGUGCCUGGCCACAUCCCAGCUAAGUUCCCCCUGCAGUUUCGAUGGGAGCUGGGAUUCCUUACUGCCCUGAACCACUGUGGUGUUACUUGGUGCUAUGAAACCUUUUGUCUCUUUCCCCUCUGGAAAGCGCUGAGGACAGCUUGCCUGGGAUUCCUGCAUUGAUUUUUGAUCUGAUACCAUUUCGUUUUUUAACUCAUGCACCAUGACUGCCCCUGUUAGAGUUCUUCACUGCAGACUGCUAGCGUAACUCCAGGCUCUUCCUAUCCUCUGCCCUGGAGAGUCCCGGGGAAACCAUCUCAUCACCUCUCUCAUCAUUUCAAUUCUUGCUGUUAUGCCCAAGUGCUCAGUCGCUGUGGAAAAUGGCUCUUGAGGGCAGGGUUAGUUCUGUAUUUUACCCCUGCAAAAUGCUUGCUCAGGUGUUAGAGUGCAAUUCCAGGGAAGCUUAAACUGCUCUAAUUUUGGGUUUCCAUUGCCUGGCCUCCUUCUGACCUGCUGGCUGUGCUCUCCCUCCUCAGCCUCGCAUCUCUCCUGCCCUGUGGGCCUAUCCUGCUUAAUUUCACCCAACACAACCAGAGACUGGUUUGUAGCUGGCGUGACUCCCUGGGCUGCCUCGCCACUGGGAUGCAUGCACACCAGUGCUAGUGCAAGGCAGGGGGUAGCAGCAUGCAGCAGGGGAAGCUGGAGUGGGCAGGAAUGCGUCAUCCCACAAUUUGAUGGGCUUAUGCAGUCCCACCCUUAAAAAUAGGUUAUUUGCUCUAUGCUGUGACUCCUUGGUGGCCAUGUUGUUGUCCCACAGGCAGAGUUCAUUUACCUGGUGUGCAAGCCAGUAACACACAGAGUCAAGGUAUUUUCAAAUUAAUUUCAUUGAUGCACAUGAAUGGUUGCCUGUCUCAAGACAGCACACCCUUGUCUCAAAAAUUCUGACGUUUAUACACUUAACUAACACAGAUUCAUUGCUAUUUUCCUUAAUGAUUGGUUCUUUCUUCUUUGCCCCUCGCAAAUUAGUGCACAGACUCUGUCUUCUUCCUUCAUUGUCUUCUUUUAAGUAGAUGGUAUCAUUUGAGUAAGUGGUCAGUGAGUCGGUGGUCACGAUCUCUCCAUGUAGGAAUCACCUUUUACCUACUUCUUCCAUAAUCUUAGCAGUUCCAAGUGGUUCUUCAAGGUUUAUUGACCAGACCACAAUCUGUAACCUUUUUGGACAUAAACAUAAAGCCCAUUAUCUAGUAGGUAGUUCUUAAACCCUAAAUCAUGUCUAGUUAUUGUUUCCAUGUUUUAAAUAUUAACAGAUGGGGGCUGUACACAGGACUUUAGCAGCUCCCUGCUUAUUUCAAUCAUAUUAUACAUAUUAAUUGAUAACAAUGUCAUUCUCGGUGCUGAGGGGGCCAUGCUGAUGGGUGAGGGGUGCACUGGUGUGGAUAGGAGGAAGAGAAUGGAGGUAGCAGCUACCCAGUGAAUUUUCAUUUAACGUGUGGUUAGUCAAGAUAACAUAUGUUGCUAAAUUCCAAGGCUGGAGCCCAAAUAGGUCUUGUUGUAACCUCAUAACCUGGUUGGGAGCUUGCUGCCUGCAUGUAUUUGUGCUGGCAGAAAUCCUUAUGGUCACUAAUGCUGUAGAACUGGCCCUUGGUGUCCCUGCAGCUGCCACCCAGGCCCCUGGGCUUCCUUCUCUCCCAUCUCUGGGACUAGUUCCUCUUCCAGUAGUCACCACAACGCUGCUGAGCCUGCCCAGCCCAUUGUUUGUGGUCGGAGCGCUCAGCCGGCACUUGGGCAUCCUCUCCUCAUCCCUCCGUAUCACCCCUCUGCCUUCCUGCUGGGGCUGUGGGCUCACGGCCCCCGGAGGCCAGGGCAGAGCAGCAGAGCUGCAGCGCCAUGAAAACACGCACACUUACCUCACCGGAGACUAAACAAAAUCUUGUGGUAACAAAGCUGCAAGUACAUUCUUGUCACUGCAGAGAUGCCAAGGAGUGCUAGCUGCUCGGCCAAGGCAGACUGGCCACUACACCAAAGAAUUCAGAUUCAAGAAGAUGAGUUUUCCAAGGGAUGGA